AUGGAGGCGGCUUCUUCGCGGGGCUCGUCAGUUCCGCCGGAGAGGGAUCGCGACUGUCGGUAUGUCCGGGAAGAUGACUUGAGUGAAGGAAAGCAACGUGGGGAUUCUGUUUCAAAGAAUAAGAAGAUCCGUGAAGGUGAUUCGAAGGAGGGGAAUCUUUCUGGAGCUUUUGAUCUGAUCAGCAAGGAGAGUUGUGGUGGGGAUUUGAAGAUUACGGAGGUUCGGGAUGGGGAUUUGAAGAUUACGGAGGUUCGGGAUGGAGAUCUAAGGGAGGCAUUGAAGGCUCAGGAUAGGCGAUGUUUGAAGAAGUAUGAAGUGGAGGUAAAAACUAAGGAUGGUAAGCAUAAGGUGGAGAUCCCUGAUGAAAUCAUCAUUGAUUCUACGCCAUUGUGGGAGGAUUUUGUGGUAGGGAAGUUCUUAGACAUUGCUCCUCACAUUGCUAAGGUGCAUAUGGUGGUUAAUAAGAUUUGGAGCUAUGGUGAACUAUCAUCAAAAGUGGAGGUAUAUGAUGUGAAUGCGGUUACCAUGAGGUUUAAGAUACCAAACCCGAAGGCUCGUGAGACGGUUUUAAAAAGAGGGAUGUGGAAUAUUGCUGGCGUACCGAUGAUAGUGACAAAAUGGUCUCCUAAGUCUGAAAAAGAAAAGCAGGAGGAGAAUGCAAUUCCGAUGUGGGUACAUGUGCGGAAGGUCCCUAUCCACAUGUUCUCGUGGCAGGCUCUAUGUUUUAUAACAAGCACGGUGGGUUUUCCAGUUCGACUACAUCCAGAGACGAUUGCCUGUUCGAAUUUUGAGGAAGCAAAAAUCUUUGUCAAUGUGGACGUCACCAAGGCGUUGCCAAAGGAGAUAGAAUUCUCAAGGGAUGGUAUGGAGUUUACUGCUGAGUUUCAUUACCCAUGGUUACCUGCUAGAUGCAAUAUCUGUGAGAAAUGGGGUCACACAGAAAGGGUGUGUGUGAAGAAUAAGAAGGAAUAUAAGCAGAGUGAGGGUUCUAGUGUAAGGAAGUCUCCAAAGGUGAAGAAGGAUACAAGAGAGAAUAAGUUAGAGGAAGUCCUGAUUUCUGCAUCCAAGUUUUCAGUGUUGAGUUUGGAUGAAGCUGAGGAAGGGGAGAUUCUGCCAGUAGUUCCGACAGUUGUUGAAGAGGAAGAUCCGGGUGUAUCAUAUGAUGUUUUGGAGUGUGACUUAAUGGAGGAUAAACUACUAGCAGAUUGUGAUAAGUUGAAAGGAAGAGUUGUAUUACAAAGAGGUGGGAAGAGAGUCCAGAAGCCUAAAGCUCAAGAUGCAAAUCUUUUGAGUACAAGAUUUAACAAAACUUUGAAACAUUCUGUGGUUAGUGAUUGGGUGAGAAAUAAAGAAAUGUUAUUUGGGAGUAUACUGGAAACAAGGGUGAAGGAAACAAAGGCAGAGAAAAUAUUAAAUACGGUGUUUGGAAGUUGGUCGCAUAUGACUAACUAUGAAGAUAGUCGUGGAGGUAGAAUCUGGUUGAUUUGGUGUGAGUCAGUGAGAAUUACACCUAUCUACAAGUCUGAUCAAUUAAUUACGGUUUCUGUGGGUCUGAAUGAUGAAGAGGAGUUCUACUAUACAAGUGUUUAUGCAAGUAAUAUAGUGGAGGAAAGGAAGAUACUAUGGGAAGAUCUGGUUCAUCAUCAUAACUCUCCUAUGUUUAAGAACAAAGCUUGGAUGAUCACGGGAGAUUUUAAUGAGAUAUUGGAGGGGGUAGAGAACUCAAGAUUUGUGGAUUUGGGUAGACUUCCGGGAGGUAUGAGAGAUUUUCAGAGAAUGAUUCUACAGUGCCAUCUCACGGAUAUGGCUUAUCAAGGUCCGCUUUUCACUUGGUGUAACAAAAGAGAGGAGGGAGUUAUUUGCAAAAAGCUGGAUAGAGUAUUGUUAAAUGAAGAAGCAUUGCAUAGAUUUAAUAAUGCUUACUCGGUAUUUGAGGCAGGGGGUUGCUCAGACCACAUGAGGUGUAAGAUUCAGCUGCUUCCUCCAAAUGAGAAGAUAAGGAGACCUUUCAAAUAUGUCAAUGCUAUUGGGAGUCUGCCAAUGUUUCUUCCUAAAAUUAAGGAGUAUUGGGAUGGAACUGUGCCAUUAUACCAUUCAACCUCAGCCAUGUACAUGUUCUCUAAAAAACUCAAGAAUCUGAAACCUUUAAUAAGAGAGCUAGGAAAAGAGCAGUUGGGGAAUCUCUCUGUUAGAGCUAAGGAGGCUUUUAGUCUACUGUGUGAAAAGCAAAGUGCUACGCUAACCAAUCCUAGUGAUUUGGCUAUUCAUGAGGAAGCUGUUGCGUAUGACAAAUGGUUGAAUAUUGCGGGAUUAGAAGAGGAUUUCUUGAAGCAAAAAGCAAAGUUGUUUUGGUUGGAUGUUGGGGAUCAGAAUAAUAAGACUUUUCAUAGAGCCAUCAAAACAAGGCAAGCUCAGAAUAUGAUCUUAUUAUUUGAGAUGCCAAGCAACAAGUCUCCUGGGCUAGACGGAUUUCCAAGCGAAUUUUUUAAAACUACUUGGUCUGUGAUUGCCAAAGACUUCACUGUGGCAGUACAGUCCGUAUUCCGGUUUGGGUUCCUGCCAAAGGGAGUAAACUCUACUAGUUUAGCUUUGAUUCCGAAGAAGGUGGAUUCUCUAGAGAUGAAGGAUUAUCGUCCGAUAGCGUGCUGCAAUGUUUUAUACAAAGUGGUAUCAAAAAUUUUGGCUAAUCGGUUGAAGAAGCUACUACCAAAUAUUAUUACAGAGAAUCAAUCUGCAUUUGUGCAAGGAAGAUUGCUCAUGGAGAAUGUGUUGUUGGCUUCUGAGUUGGUCAAAGAUUAUCACAGAGACUCGAUUACCCCUAGAUGUGUGAUGAAGAUCGACAUAUCAAAGGCGUUCGACUCUGUUCAAUGGAUGUUUGUUUUGAAAAGCUUACGAGUUCUUGGUUUUCCUGAGAAGUAUAUACACUGGAUCAAACUGUGUAUCACUAGUCCUUCCUUUUCUGUUCAAGUGAAUGGGGAUCUAGCGGGGUAUUUUCAGAGUUCGCGUGGGCUUCGUCAGGGGUGCUCUUUGUCUCCGUACCUUUUCGUGAUGUGUAUGAAUGUUCUUUCUCUUAUGAUGGAUAAGGCUGUGGGGGAGAGGACGUUCAGUUUUCAUCCGCGAUGUAAAUCUAUCUCACUUACACAUCUAUGCUUUGCGGAUGAUUUGAUGGUCUUUGUGGAAGGUUCGAAGGAGUCUAUUGAAGGCGCUCUCUCAGUUUUUGAUGAGUUUGAGGUGUGGUCGGGCCUUCGCAUCAGUUUGGAAAAAUCCACCAUUUAUAUGGCAGGAAUUUCCGAGCCAGUGAAGAGUGCUAUUCUAACCAACUUUCCAUUUGCUGAAGGAGACUUACCGGUUAGAUACCUUGGCUUACCUUUAAUGUCUCAAGCCAUGAGGAAGUACGACUAUCUCCCUUUGGUGGAAAAGAUCAGAAACAAGAUUAGUUCAUGGAUGUGCAGAUUCCUAUCAUAUGCUGGACGUCUUCAACUUAUAAAAGCUGUAUUGAUGAGUAUCGUGAACUUCUGGGCAGCGGUAUUUCGUCUUCCAAGCAAAUGUAUCAAGGAAGUGGAACAACUCUGCUCUGCUUUUUUAUGGACAGGUCCUGUGCUUAAGUCAACUAAUGCUAAAGUUGCGUGGAAGGAUGUUUGUCGGUUAAAGAAUGAGGGAGGUCUUGGGUUAAGAGAUCUUAAGGAAGUAAAUAAGGUGUAUGGGCUUAAACUCAUCUGGAGAAUGCUGUCUGGAGAGUCUCUUUGGGGAAAAUGGAUCAGAAACAACUUACUUAAGGGGAAUAGCUUUUGGGAAGUGAAAUCAAAAACUCAAAUGGGGUCUUGGAUGUGGAGGAAAAUGUUAAAAUUGAGAGAAGUAGCCAAGUCUUUCUACAGAAAAGAGUUGGGGAAUGGUCGGCAUACGUCAUUUUGGUAUGACAGCUGGCUGGAUAGAGAGAAGUUGAGUCCAGAAAAGGAAGAUGUGAGUCUAUGGAGGGGAAGGCUGGGAUUUAAGCAGAAGUUCUCAACACAUGAGACAUGGGGGUUGCUGCGCAAUUCCAACAUUUCGUGUAGUUGGGCCAGAGGUAUUUGGUUUGCUCAUGCGACGCCGAAGUUUUCUUUCAUGGCCUGGUUAUCAAUGCUGGAUAGAAUGUCUACAUUGGAUAGAAUUGCCAAGUGGAAUCAGGGGAUUAACACUACUUGUGCUCUAUGUAAGAGUGCUCCAGAGACAAGAAACCAUUUGUUCUUUAUGUGUGCUUACACUUCUCAGAUUUGGGAACAUAUUGCAAGGGGUGUUCUCUGUAGUUCUUACACCAAUGUAUGGUCUGAGAUAGUAAGCAUUAUUGGAGACGAAACCAUGGAAAGGAAGCGGCUGUUCUGUGUGAGAUAUGCUUUUCAAGCGGUUCUAUAUGCGGUUUGGAGGGAGCGUAACAAGAUCAUUCAUGGUGAAAAGUUGUUACCUCUGUCUACAUUGAAGAGUAUGAUUGAUAAAGGGAUACGUAACAAGAUCACUUUGAUGAGGAACCAUGGAGUGAAAGGAAUGGGGGAGCUUAUGCAAUUCUGGUUUCUUACUAGAGUGUGA